GAAGUGGAUUGUCUCAGAAUACGAAGAAAAUAACAUAUAAAUAUGAGUGGUGACGAAUGGACUAAUCAGAAUCCGCAGAGUCAUUCUUAUGAUUCUGCUUGUACUACCAAUACUCAUGCAAAUGAUGAUGUUAUUUUUCCAAAUGGAUCUAUUCCACGGACUAACAGUCGUAUGAGGCAGUAUAACACAUUUGAAAAUUCAAUGAGCAAUUCUGAAGCAAUGAGAUCUCGAUCAUAUUCACUUCCAUAUAUGACUUGUAAUCCAAGGACUAGUAGGAGUCUUUCAUUUUUUGAAGGUCAGGGAAAUUCAAAGGAAAAUGAUAAAUGGAGAGAUAAUAGUUUGUCUAGAAAUCAUAAUAAAAGUGGGGACUACUCUGAUGUGGAAUUCUCAGGAUCUACAGAGGUUGAUAAUGAAGAAGAUAUUGAAAUUACGAAUUCAAGAUGGUGUGGCUUCUCUAAAAGACAACUGAAAUGUUUAUUUGCAUUAAGUAUAUUAUCAAUAUCUGACACAAUGGGUUUCUCAAUUGUUGCACCAUUUUUUCCUGUGGUGGCAGAAGAGAAGAAUUUGUCACCAAUUGACAUUGGUUUGGUAUUUUCAGCUUUUUCAAUGGCUGGUAUAUUUGGAUCAUUUCUCACAGGGGCAUUGCUUGUUCGUGUGGGUGCCAAAUUUGUUAUAUUAGCUGGAAUGUUAUGGUCUGCUGGAGCCACGAUAUGCUUUGGAUUGCUGAUCUAUGCUCCACCAAAUACUUUUUUCUAUCUUUGUCUCCUUUGUCGAGUAAUGAUGGGGAUCGGUAAUGCUGCCGCCUUUACAGCAUUAUUUGCAAUUAUUUUUCAAGAGUUUGCUGAUAGAGCUCUAACUGUGAUUGGUAUAUCGGAGUCACUCUGUUCUAUAGGAGGAAUUGUUGGUCCGUUAAUUGGUGGCUCAUUAUUUGACGCUGGUGGUUACCUUGUUCCUUUUGUGUUCUUGGGAACUUUACAAUUUUUCGUAUUACUGUGUUGCGCAAUAUUGAUACCGCCCGUAUCUGUUGAAAGACAUGCCAAUGCCGUUUCACCAGCAUGGUUAUUGUUGAAUCCUCAUGGGCUCUUCUCUGCUUUAUUUGUUAUGUUAUCAUUCACAGUUAACAGUUUUCUCAUCGCAAAUAUUUCACUUUUUUUAACCCAUUCAUUUCAUAUAUCAACAUUCAUGGUCGGUGUUUACAUGUUAGUGAUGAGUGUUUUUUACGGAAUUUCAACUCCUAUCUGGGGAUAUUUUGCUGAGACAAGGAAGAUAGGGCCACACAUGAUGGCCGUAAGUUGCUUCUUGUUCGGAAUUGUAUUAUCCCUCUAUGGCCCUGCUGAUUUCUGGCGAGAUUUAUUUGGUUGGACUGGACCAGAGCAAUGGCUAGUGUAUAUAUGCGCAGCUUCUUCAGGGGUGGUCUUAGGAGGGCUCGUUAUACCAACUUUUGGAGAAAUGGUUGUCGCCGCGAAACAAAUGAAGCUUCAUGACAAUGAAUUAGCGGAAUAUGGUCUUGUAUCGGGUCUUUGGAACACUAUGUUCUCUGUUGGAGAUAUAUUGGGACCCAGUGUUGGUGGUGUCAUGGUGGUGAAACUUAACUUUGAGAAUUCCUGUGCUAUCUUGGGGUUAUUGAUGUGUGUUUUGGCGUUAGCAAAAGGUGUCCAUUUAGCUGUAAUUGCCUUCAAACGGAAAAAGUCGCCUCCUGAAUCCGACAGUGAUGGAAACUCUUCAGACGAAGAUCAAUCAGAUGAAAGAAAGAGUUUAUUAAGUCCGGAAAACCCGUCUUUACAAGCUUGAACUUCAUGAUUUACCUGUUCAUUAUUUGAAGGUUGUUCGACAUUACAUUUCAUCAGAAAAUGUGAGCUAAAGUAAAGCACAUUUGUGUUAGUGUGCAGCAAGAUUCUUGAUUUAAAUAGCAUAGUGUUUUUUUACAUGUCUUACAGCUACUUUGUGUUCAUUUUUGAGGUAUUGUUGAUUAUGUUUUAAACAGCGAAUAUAUAUAAGUAUACCUGAAUUUUUUGUUUGUAAGGUUUUUUUCAGUGUUGCGUCUUGUACUUGUAACAAAUUUUCUUUAAAUUUCUCAUUUUACUGAAAUAAUGCUUCAUAGUUUAAUUCAUAUUUAUCACAAGUUUUUUUUUUAAAUAUUCUCAUUUUUGCCUGCAAGAAGCAUUGCUAUUAAGUAACUUUUCUUUUUAUUUUUGUUUCAAUAUGGGCCUUUAUAUUGAUAUUAUACAAAAUAUUUUGCAACAUGCUCAAGUGAAUGCAACAGACUAUGCAAUUGUAGCAUAAGCUUGCCUUUGAAAUCAAUCUAAUUACACAUUUUAUGUAUUUUGUGUGAUUACUUAUAUCCUUGUUCACUGUUUUUGUCUCACAGCAUAUCAAUUUCCGAAUGAAAUCUUACAAAUAUU